GUAUCAAAUAAACCUGCCUAACCAUGGAUGAUGGUGCUGCAUCCACUGGCGUCAUUGUGAAGAACAAGCCGGGCGCAAAGCCGCUGAACAUCGUCGAUGACUUUAACCGUCGCAAGAUGCCGCUGUACAAGCACUGGGUUCGCCCACAAUUCUUGCAAUACAACUACAUGUACGAUUAUCGCGUAAACUACUACGACGACGUCAUCGACUAUCUGGACCGGCGAUCACGGGGCGUUGCGUCGGAAAUUCCACGCCCCCAGACCUGGGCCGAACGUGUCCUGAGAACCCAGAAGAACACCACACGUGACAUCAACGAUGUGUACAGCUACACCAGCAUCAGCCACAAGAAGGACGACAAGAAGCUUAUGUACACGCUAAGUAAUCAGAUCAAGUCGUACAACUGCCACUCGAAGGCAUACACUAACAGAAAGUACCGCAAGAUCCUCUAA